UUAGCGAGAAACUGGAUAUCUUGCGGUUAUUAUUGGUGAUAUAGUUUCACAUCUUUUUGGACUUUUGCAAUAUUGAACACUAAUAUUAUAUAUUCAAUUUUUACCUUGAAACUUUUUGAUGAUAUGGCUGAAUAAGUUAGAGUUGGUAGCCUCAGACAUCGAUAAAAAAAAAGUUAUUUGACAGUCCAACGUCGCCAUUUUACCUUUUGCCAAAUUUCACAUUUAUUGUUGAUUGAUUUGUUUCCCAGGGCAUAUUUUUAUGCAACUACUUCUCUUGCAUGUUGUUGUAGUGCUCUGAAGAACUUUAGUGUGCGUUUUCAAGUAAAUGAGGAUCGUUCGUGUUAGUGCAUUAGGUUAACUUAGUGUAGUGGUUAAGUAAAAGCAUAAUGAGUUCUCGGCAUCGCGAUAGGAGCCGUUCUCGAUCUCGCGAUCGCGAGCGGCACAAGGAGCGAGACCGGGAGAAGGGUCGUGACCGGGACAGGGACCGAGAGCGUGACCGGGAUAAAGAUCGGGACCGCGACCGCGAUAGAGACCGCGGGCGGGACCGGGACAGGGACCGCCAUCGCUCUAAGAGAGACAAGGAGGAGCGAGGGCGCAGCCGCGACAGGCACAAGGAUAAACGCCGAAGUCGAAGCCGGAGUCACAGCCGGGGACGGAAGUCCAAAGACAGGGAUGGAACCAUAGCCCUCCUGGACCAGAUGGUGGGCACCACAACGAAGGCGACAGCAAGGGCUGUGGCCGGCAAUGGAGUUGCCAACCCUGCAGCGCAUGCUGCCAUCCUCGCUGCAGCAGCUGUUGCCCAGCAUAAUCAAAAUGAAUGCCAGAAGUAUGUGAACUACAUGACAUUCGUGGCGCAGCGCCGCAUGGCGGCCCCGGUGCAGCCCGCGGCGGCCGCGGCGGCGGCUCUGUCGGCCGCCACCGCCAUCCCGCCGCCCACCUCGGUGCAGCAGAAGCUCGAGCAGCUGCAGGCGCGCUCCGAGGGCAGAUACAGGGACAAGUCGCAGCCCCCGCAGGACUACCAUCCUGAUGAUGAUCAGGACGACGGACAGGGCCCGCCGGGCGAGACGGCGGCGGAGCGGCGCGCGCGGCGGCGGCGCACGCGCUGGACGGGCGGCGCGCACGACAAGACCUUCAUCCCCGGCCUGCCCACCGCGCUGCCCUCCACGCUCACCCCGCAGCAGGAGGAGCAGUAUCUACUGCAGCUGCAGAUCGAGGAGGUGUCGCGCAAGCUGCGCUCGGGCGACCUGGGCAUCCCGGCCAACAUCGACGAGAGGUCGCCGUCGCCGGAGCCGAUCUACUCGACGGACGGCAAGCGGCUGAACACGCGCGAGUACCGCACGCGCCGCAAGCUGGAGGAGGAGCGCCACCGCCUCGUCACCAGGAUGCAGACCAUCAACCCGGAGUUCAAGCCCCCGCCGGACUACAAGCCACCGAUAAUCCGCGUGCACGAUAAAGUGAUGAUCCCGCAAGAGGAGCACCCCGACAUCAACUUCGUGGGUCUCCUGAUCGGGCCGAGGGGCAACACGCUCAAGGCCAUGGAGAAGGAAACCGGGGCCAAGAUCAUCAUCAGGGGCAAGGGUUCCGUGAAGGAGGGCAAGGUGGGCCGCAAGGACGGGCAGCCGCUGCCGGGCGAGGACGAGCCGCUGCACGCCUACAUCACGGCCGCCAGCGCCGAGUGCGUCAAGAAGGCGCUCGACAAGAUCAAGGAAGUUAUUCGGCAGGGCGUCGAGGUCCCGGAAGGUCAGAACGACCUGCGCCGCAUGCAGCUGCGCGAGCUGGCGCAGCUCAACGGGACGCUGCGCGAGUCCGACGCGCCGCGCUGCGCCAACUGCUCCGCGCUCGACCACAAGACCUGGCUGUGUCCCGACAAGCCCAACGUCACCUCGGCCGUCGUGUGCUCGGCCUGCGGCGGCGCCGGGCACAUCGCGAGGGACUGUCGCGCCAGGCGCCCCGGACACACACCGAGCUCUAUGCCUAACAAGGUGGGUGUAGUACUACAAGACCUGGCUGCUAAGAUCGACGAAGAGUACAUGUCCCUAAUGGCGGAGCUGGGCGAGGCGCCGCCCCCCGGCAGCAACACCACGGGCGGCGGGGGAGGGGGGGGAGGAGGGGGAGGCAACAACAACGCGCGGCGGUUCGGCGGCGGCCUGUUCCAGCAGGCGCCGCCCGCGCGCGCGCUCAUGGCGCCGCCGCCGCAAGUGUCGCUCGCAGGCAACAUCCCCACGUCGCUGCCGCCGCCGCCGACCGCGUACCCGCCGCCGCCGCCGCCGCCGCACGCCGCGCCCUGGCUCGGCGUGGCCAACAACCAGCCGCCGCCGCCGGGGCUGCCGCCCGCCUUCCCGCCGCCGCCGCCGCCGCAGCACCACCAGGGCGACAAGCUGGGCCCCGGCCCCGGCCCCAUGCAGCACAUGGCGCCGCCGCCGCCGCCGCCUGGUAUGAUGGGUAUCCCGCCGCCGGGGCUGGGCGGACCGCCGCCCGGGCUGGGCGGGCCGCCGCCGGGCGCGGCGUGGCGCGGGGGCUACAACCCGCCGCCGUGGGGCGCGCCGCCGCCGCCCUUCCUGGCGCCGCCGCCGCCGCCGCCGCCCGCCGCCCGCGACUAGCGCGCCGCCGCGGCCCUAGCCGCCUACAGCUGGCGACUCAUGCUCGUGGAGUGCUUGCACCGCCUGCUCCUGCCGGACUGAACGACGUCCCGGGCAUCCCCCUAUGACGCGUCCCGUGCGACCAAAUUUACCAAACGUUUUAACGAUGCGGUGGUGCGACCGACUGUUUUAAGACGUCUAGGAGAUCCCUAAUUGGCAUUUUUUACUAGCGUCUUUUCAAUCUAUGGCAAUAAAUUAAGUGUUACCGUCGGCGAGUGAUACCGUCGCCGCUAGUUAUACCGGACGGCUCAAUUACUCUUAAAUACCUGAACACGACUCUAUUAUUAGAGCCUUAAGUACCUUCUUUUCUGUUUUGACCACUACACUCCACAAACGCUGAAAUACACCGAUGCCCACGUUUAUCACAUUAAAUAUAACUAUACGUUCUCAAGCAAAGGUAGCACAUUGUCGCUUGCCAUAGGGACGCUCUGGCAGGUUAUUCGUAUAAAAAUACGAGCAAAUUUCGCCCUUAUGGUAAGAAAUAAUGUGGUACCUUUUGCUUGAGAACGUCACAUAUUUCAAAUCCCAAAUGUAACGAGGGAUUCUCGACUGGACCCUGUGCGUAGCGAGUAACUCAAACUGCUACGACGCAAUAAAAAAAUGUGGUCUGAGUAAAAAUAAAAAAUUGCUUUGUAAACCACAUAGUAUGUGGUAAAAGUAACUACCGUCAAUUGCUUCAACAAUGCUUGGCUUCAAGAACAGUGGUACUCUAUCAAAUUACUAUUUAUGUUGAAUAGGAAGACGAUUACUGUUAAGAGGAAUACACAGCUAUCUGAUAGAGGUAGACCACGAUAACUCUGCAGCCAUUUUGGCACCACAAGCUGUGCAAGUGUUAUACGUCAUAAUUUCAUAGAAGUUUGACGUUUAAAAUAACACUGCACAAUCUGGGCUAUCAAAAAUGCUGCAGACACUGUGUAACUCUAGAAAAUCAAUGUUUUUUUUUUUUCAAACCAAGCAGCUUUAUUUUCACUACAUACAUGUGACGUUAUCGACCAAAACAUUGUCGGUAGUCGAUAAGGUUGAUUUUAAAUUGAAGCUAUAUGGAAAUAGCGCCUUAUUGACCACCGACAAUAAGUACCCUUUUGGUUGAGAAUGCCACAUAAUGUUGCAGUUGACGGCAUAUAUGUAAAGCUAUACGGCCCGUCCCAUGUUAGACCCACCUUUAGCGAUAAGUCUUUAUGUUCUCUUGCACGAUUCCUUUUAACCUUUUCAACGCUUUUCCACACGUGUCAAGAAAUGCCAUGGACGCCAAAAAGUUAACUGGUGAAGAGCGAAUAUGAAGCUUAACUGACACUAGGAAAGUCGCUUUGACAACGUCCGCCAUAGCCUUUUUAAUGAUCAUUGGCGUCGCGGGCACGACAGACGAUGACCGUUUUAGUGGUCUUUGGCGUUGAAAAGGUUAAUAGGAAUUAUGCCUAUUGACAUGUUUGACCUAGAUUGUAUUUUUUAAUAAUUUGUGCAUUUAUUGCAACUUUAGAAAAAAGUGUUAUAUUAUAACUUGCCAACGAGCGAAUAACGGACGUCUUGUUGGUGUCACCGCUAGAAAAAUUGUAAGGCUCUAAACGCCAA